UUGUGCCCUUUCUUCACUCUAACCAAUAUGUCGAACAUUGCAAAAUAUGUAUUCAACCAUACUAUGAUCCGUGUCAAGGAUCCCAAGCCUUCCUUGAAGUUCUAUCAAGACGUCCUUGGCAUGAAGUUGAUCACUUCCUCGGUCAAUGAGUCUGCUAACUUCACCCUGUAUUUCCUUGCCUACGUUGACAAAGUCCCUGAAACCAAGGAAGAGCAGAUGAAGCUUGCCUUCAGCAUUCCCGGAGUUUUGGAAUUGACUCACAAUCACGGCACUGAGUCCGACUCCAAGUUCGAGGGUUAUGCAAGUGGCAAUAAGGAGCCUGGUCGUGGAUUUGGUCACAUUUGUGUCGCUGUCGAUAAUAUCGAGAAGGCCUGCGAACGCUUCGAGCAACUUGACGUGAACUUCAUCAAGAAGCUCAAGGACGGAAAGAUGCAUAACAUUGCCUUUAUCACUGACCCCGAUGGUUACUGGAUUGAAAUCAUCACCAACCCUAUCUAUGGUAAAGCUCCUAUUUAAGCAGACUAUGGAGAGUGACAGCAGAUGUAAAUACGGCGCAAACAGAUUAGUUGAUUUAAAGAAUUUUCGAGAAUAAACGAAAUCUGUUUUUAUACUGAAUAAUUGUACACGGUAGAGUAUGUAUUGAACUAGGAUUUAUCCUAAUAUCAAUUCAUACAUUAUAACGAGGAUAUUGAUGCCAAUAAGCGGUACUGAAAAAGAUUUUGAUUCAGAAAGUCAGUUUUG